CGGUCACGUGUUCGUGUUUUGACGCGCCGGAACCGUGCAGGUGACGUGGAGUAUGGAGAAGAUAACGCUAAAUCCGUGUGUAUUAAGACUGUAUCAAAUCUUUCCUAACUGUAAUUGGGUCUGUUAAAACGUCUAGAAUCUCAGUUUGUCUAAAGGAACGAGUUAAAAUAGAAUUCGUGCUACCGAAACAAGACUGUCAGAGAGUUUUCAAAGAGUCAACAUUGACGUACUGCAUCGUAUUGUACCGCCAGACAGUAGUCAUAUGAGAUCUGUUUGAGAGCUCAUCUGUGAUCUUCAGUCAUGGCUAGUCCAGAUGAUUUAAAGUUUCAGGAGUUCGAGGCGGCCACAGAUCUACUGUUAACAAAUCCGGGAGCAUCAACCCUCAGUAUCUCCAGCCCUGGGGUUGCAUCCUCCUCUGGAGAUGUCAAACUCGAUCUGUCAGACGAUGAAGCGAAUCAGCAAGAGAGCUCAGAGUUGCUUGGAGGUGAAAAACCAACUGGUGGUUUUUGGACUUUUGAAUACUAUCAGUCGUUCUUCAAUAUAGAUACAGUGCAGGUGCUGGAUAGGAUAAAAGGCUCUGUUAUACCUUUGCCAGGAAGAAACUUUAUCAAACACCACAUUCGAAGUAACCCUGACUUAUAUGGUCCAUUCUGGAUCUGUGUGACUCUAGUGUUCUCAGUGGCAAUCAUGGGAAACCUCUCCACCUUUCUGAGCGAGAAGGGGAACCCAGAGUAUCACUACAGACCUCAGUUCCACAGAGUCUCAAUUGCAGCAGUAACCGUGUUCCUUUAUGCGUGGCUGGUACCUCUCGGAGUUUGGGGCUUCUUAACGUGGCGUCAAAGUGUUGAGAGGCAGAUCAGUGGAUAUACAUUUUUAGAGACAGUGUGUGUCUAUGGAUAUUCUCUCUUCAUUUAUAUUCCUACUUCGAUAUUAUGGACCAUUCCCUUCAAUUGGCUCCAGUGGCUUUUGAUUUUGGUUGCCUUGGUGAUCUCAGGCUCGGUGUUGGUCAUCACUUUUUGGCCGGCGGUUCGUGAUGACACUAAACUAACAGCUUUUGCUACUAUGGCAGUUAUAGUGUUCCUUCAUGCACUCCUGGCUGUCGGCUUUAAGAUGUACUUCUUCCAAACGGCAACGUACACAGGAACAUUACAUCCCGAGCAACACAUUACUCCAGCCUCGAAUCAAACGACACAUACUGUGGGAAUGUCUAACUGACCUACGGUACUGAGUUUUUAGACUCAAAGGAGAUAGGAAAGCAUGAUGAAUGUGUUGCAUUUAUGUUGACUGAGCAAUGAAGGAGUUCCUGCGAUUGGUGUGCUAACAUAUGCAUUCCCAGCAAACAGACGUAAAGUGUUACCAGUCGGUAACUAACCAUUUAGAUGAAAUAACUUCUGUCAGAUCAAGUAAUAUAAUAUUAAUUUAAAUGUAUAUAAUUUAAAUACGCUUUGAUUUGAGUUUUUUAAGUAGUGUUACCUACUAUUAUCUUCCUAAAGUGUUAUUUACUUGCAUUACAUCCAUUUGUUAUCUAAAACAGCAAUUUGAAAAGAUUUCAAUGAAUCCUUUUGUUUUGAAACAUGUUAUUUUCAAAAAAUAAAAUGAUCUGACAUUACUGUGAAGGGAUGUGUGAUGUAAGAUUUGCCUUAUAACCUCUGACUUUCAUAGUUGUGUAAAUUGAAAGAGGUUUUUGUAUUAUUUUCCUGGUCCAUUUUGUGUUUGAUGACACUGUGGAAUAAAGUGAUACUUGUCAGGGUAAA